AUGGUGCCAGGACUGAAGGUCCUUCUGUUCUUCACCCUGCAUCUCCUGCAGACCGCAGAGAGCUCCAUGGUGCAUCUCAACAGCAAUGGAUACGAGGGUGUGGUCAUUGCCAUUAACCCCAGUGUGCCAGAGGACGAAAGGCUCAUCCCGAGCAUAAAGGAAAUGGUAACUCAAGCGUCCACUUACCUGUUUGAAGCCACAGAAAGAAGAUUUUAUUUCAGGAACGUGAGCAUUUUAGUUCCCAUAACCUGGAAGUCAAAAACUGAGUACUUAACACCAAAACAAGAAUCAUAUGACCAAGCAGACGUCAUAGUUGCCGAUCCUCACCUGCAACAUGGAGACGACCCUUACACCCUUCAGUACGGACAGUGCGGGGACAGAGGACAGUACAUACACUUCACUCCAAACUUCCUACUCACUGAUAACUUGCGUAUCUACGGACCCCAAGGCAGAGUCUUUGUCCAUGAGUGGGCCCAUCUCCGGUGGGGAGUAUUUGAUGAGUAUAACAUGGACCGGCCUUUCUACAUGUCUAGAGAGAACACUGUGGAAGCAACAAGGUGUUCCACCGACAUCACUGGCACCAAUGUGGUCCGUGAGUGUCAGGGAGGCAGCUGUGUGGCGAGGAGAUGUCGUCGAGAUGCAAAGACAGGAAUGCAGGAACCCAAGUGUACAUUUAUCCCAAACAAAUCCCAGACUGCGAGGGGCUCCAUCAUGUUCAUGCAAAGUCUCGAUUCUGUGGUUGAAUUCUGCACAGAAAAAACCCACAAUGUAGAAGCUCCAAACCUACAAAACAAAAUGUGCAAUGGCAGAAGCACGUGGGAUGUAAUCAAGGCGUCUGCUGACUUUCAGAAUGCCCCUCCCAUGACAGGAACAGAAGCUCCGCCUCCACCUACAUUUUCACUGCUCAAAUCCAGACAGCGAGUGGUCUGCUUGGUGCUGGAUAAAUCUGGAAGCAUGAGCUUAGGAAGCCCCAUCACUCGUCUGACCCUAAUGAACCAAGCAGCAGAGCUAUACUUAAUUCAAAUUAUUGAAAAGGAAUCCUUGGUCGGCCUGGUGACAUUUGAUAGCACUGCCACAGUCCAAACUAACCUAAUAAGGAUCAUCAGUGAUAGCUCCUACCUAGCGAUCAGCACAAAGCUACCUCAAUAUGCAAAUGGCGGAACUUCAAUUUGCAACGGACUCAAAAAAGGAUUCGAGGCAAUUACCUCCAGUGACCAGAGCACUUCGGGUUCUGAGAUCGUAUUGCUAACAGAUGGAGAAGAUAAUGGAAUAAGUUCCUGCUUUGAGGAGGUCAAACACAGUGGAGCCAUCAUCCACACCAUCGCCCUGGGGCCUUCUGCUGCUCGAGAACUGGAGACUCUGUCAAACAUGACAGGAGGGCUUCGCUUUUAUGCCAACGAAGACGUGAAUGGCCUGAUUGAUGCUUUCAGUGGGAUCUCAUCUAAAAGUGGCAGCAUCUCGCAGCAGGCUCUGCAGUUGGAGAGCAAAGCCUUCAAUGUCGGAGCAGGGGCAUGGAUAAACGGUACAGUACCUGUGGACAGUACCAUUGGCAAUGACACAUUCUUUGUUAUCACCUGGACAGUAAAAAAGCCAGAAAUCAUUCUUCAAGAUCCAAAAGGAAAAAACUACACUACCUCUGAUUUCCAAGAAGAUAAGCUAAAUAUCUUCUCUGUUCGCCUUCGGAUCCCAGGCAUUGCCGAGACAGGCACUUGGACUUACAGCCUCUUAAAUAAGGGUGCCACAUCUCAGUUGCUAACAGUGACAGUGACCACUCGAGCAAGAAGUCCCACCACACUCCCAGUCAUCGCCACCGCUCACAUGAGUCAGAGCACAGCCCAGUACCCUAGCCGGAUGAUUGUGUAUGCAAGGGUCAGCCAAGGGUUUUUGCCUGUUCUGGGAGCCAAUGUCACAGCCGUCAUAGAAGCUGAGAAUGGAAAUCAAGUCACCCUGGAGCUCUGGGACAACGGGGCAGGUGCUGACACACUCAAAAAUGAUGGCAUCUACUCAAGAUAUUUCACAGACUUCCAUGGAAAUGGCAGAUACAGCUUAAAAGUCAGUGCCCAGGCAAGAAAGAACAUGGCUAAACUAAAUCUGAAACAAAAGAAUAAGUCUCUCUAUAUACCUGGCUACGUUGAAAAUGAUCAAAUUGUACUGAAUCCAGCCAGACCGGAAGUCCCAGAAGAAGCCACAGAAGCUACAGUGGAAGACUUCAGCAGACUAACCUCUGGAGGGUCGUUUACUGUGUCUGGAGCGCCCCCUGAUGGCGACCACGCUCAUGUGUUCCCACCCAGUAAAGUCACAGACCUGGAGGCUGAGUUUAUAGGUGAUCUUAUUCACCUUACAUGGACGGCCCCUGGCAAGGUCCUCGAUAAGGGAAGAGCAUAUAGAUACGUCAUCAGGAUGAGUGGGCAUUCUCUGGCUCUCCAAGAAGAUUUUAGCAACUCUACUUUAGUGAAUACUUCCGGUCUAAUGCCUAAAGAGGCUGGCUCAAAAGAAACAUUUAAAUUCAAACCAGAAACUUUUAAAAUAGAAAAUGGCACCCAAGUCUACAUUGCAAUCCAGGCUGACAAUGAAGCCAGUCUCUCCUCCGAGGUCUCCAACAUCGCACAGGCUGUGAAGUUUAUUCCUCCACAAGUUUAUUUGACCCCCAGCACCCCUCCUGGUCUGGGUACCAAAGUGUCUGUACCCAGUUUGACAGUUUUUGUACUUGUUGCAACUUUAUUCAUAUUUUAA